AUGAGUUACCAAGUUGAAGUAUUCACAGGAGACAGACAGCACGCUGGAACUACAAACAGAGUCAGUAUCAAGCUGGUUGGCACUAAAGGAAAAACGGAGUGUGAAAACCUCUCCCGGUUGGGCUUUUGGCGUGGAUCAGUACACAAGUUUGAACUAAACUGCCCCGCCUCCAUAGGCACUCUUUUGCUGAUGGAACUUAAACUCAACUCUUUCUUUCAUUUUGGAGUGAACGACUGGUUCUGCUCCAAGGUUAUUGUGACUAACCCUGAAGGUGACACGGUCCUGUUCCCAUGUCACCGCUGGUUUUCCAGUGAAGAGAGAUGGCAACAACAUGCACCAGGGAUACCCUAUAAAAUGGAGGCGGACGCUUCAAAGGCUUUACCUGAUGAAGUCAGAUUCUCAUUCACCAAGGAAACUGAGUUCAUGUUCAAUCGAAUAUCAACAAUGACCGAGCUGAAAUUCCAAAAUCUUGCUGGUCGAAUGGAGUCAUGGGACAGUUUUGAGGAACUUGAUCAUGUCUUUGCUGAACGAAGAACAGCGACCUAUGAAUAUGUUCGGCAACAUUGGAGAGAGGAUGAGUUUUUUGGCUACCAGCUUCUGAAUGGCAUGAACCCCAUGAUGAUCCACAAAUGCUCAGAGUUGCCAAAAAAGUUCCCUGUCACUGAUGACAUGGUCAAAGCCUUUUUACCAGCUGGGAGCAGCUUAAAGAAUGAGAUGAAGCAUGGAAACAUCUUCCUGUGUGACUACAAGCGGCUGGAUGGUCUAUCUGCAAAUGUCAUUAAUAAGACACAACAAUAUCUGACGGCUCCCAUAUGCCUGCUCUUUAGUAACCCUUCAGGCAAGCUACUGCCCAUUGCCAUCCAGCUGAAGCAGGAGCCAGGAGAGGAGAACCCUAUCUUUCUUCCCUCAGACUCUGAAUCUGAUUGGCUACUCGCCAAGACUUUUGUGCGGAACGCCGAAUUCAAUGAGCAUGAGCUGAACUUCCACCUGCUACGCACUCACCUGAUGGCUGAGGUCUUUACCAUAGCAACCUUGCGCAACUUACCCACAGUCCACCCCUUAUUCAAGCUCCUGAUACCACAUACCCGCUACACACUCCAGAUCAACAUCAUGGCUCGACAGAUGCUGGUCUCAGAUGAUGGGGUUUUCGCUGAGCACACUGCCAUUGGUCAUGGGGGGACAGUUACUUUUCUGCAGAGAGCAGCCUCCACCUUAACCUACAGCUCCCUGUGUCUGCCUGAUGAUAUCAAGGCUCGUGGUGUGGAGGACAUUCCAAACUACUACUACAGAGACGACGGCCUCAAGCUGUGGAACAUCAUCAACAAGUAUGUUGACGGUGUGGUGAGAUACUACUACACUUCAGAUGAUGAUGUCGUCAAAGACACUGAACUGCAAUGCUGGAUUGAAGAGAUACAUAAUAAUGGCUUCCUGGGGAAAGCUGAACACGGGAUAUCAUCAUUCAAGACUGUGGAUGAACUCAUCAAGUUUGUUACCAUGGCGAUCUUCAGUGUUUCAGUCCAACACGCUGCCCUCAACAAUGGACAGUUUGACUUUGGUGGAUGGAUGCCCAAUUUGCCCAGUUCCCUAAGAUGUCCGCCUCCCAUCAAAAAAGGAAGCUCAACUGAGGACUCCAUUUUGGAGGCCCUCCCAAAUAUCAGUACUACAGUGAGCAUAAUGGCUGCCCUGUAUGUAUUAAGCAAGCCCUCUUCUGAUCGUUACCCACUUGGAUAUUAUCCAGAGGAGCUGUUCGAUGAAAAGACACCCCUUCAGAUUAUUGACAAGUUUCAGGAGGACCUGAAGUCUCUCUCCGAUGAAAUUGAGAAGAGGAACCAAAGUCUUCUACUCCCAUACUUCUACCUAAAGCCUGAGGAAGUGGAGAACAGUGUGUCCAUCUAA